GGCACUCGCAAGUCGACCUCCGGAGCCGCAGGCGCAGCGCAGAGCAGCCCAGCCAGCCGCAGCAGCAUGGUCCGAGCUUGUGCACAGCUGGCGCUCACCGCCGCCACCCUGGUCGCCUUCUGCGCCGCCCUACCGCAGACUGUCAUGGCCAUUGACUUGAGUCGCCUGUACGGGCACCUCAGUGCCAAAAGGAACGGAGAGGCCUGUCAUCCAUACGAGCCAUUCAAAUGUCCUGGUGGUGAAGGAAAGGGCAUCUGCAUCUCGAUCCAGUAUCUGUGCGAUGGCGCUCCAGACUGCCCUGACGGAUACGACGAGGACACACGGCUCUGCACCGCAGCAAAGCGACCACCAGUUGAAGAGACAGCAUCCUUUCUACAGUCACUUCUAGCGAGCCACGGACCAAACUACCUUGAGAAACUCUUUGGAAACAAAGCCAGAGACGCCCUGGCACCACUCGGAGGAGUCGAGAAGGUCGCUAUUGCUCUUUCAGAAUCACAGACCAUCGAGGACUUCGGGGCGGCGCUACAUCUGAUGAGAUCGGACUUGGAACACCUGCGCUCAGUCUUCAUGGCUGUGGAGAACGGCGAUCUGGGAAUGCUCAAGAGUCUUGGAAUAAAGGACUCAGAGCUGGGCGACGUAAAAUUCUUCCUGGAAAAGCUCGUCAAUACCGGAUUCUUGGACUGAAGUGACCUACCGUGUCACAACAGUGGCUCCCCACCAGUGUUUGGCGUUUCUCAACCUCACCACAAGCUAAAUUUUCCUCUAUAUACUGUUUCGAAACAUACUUAGACUCCUAUGCUUCACGUAUUAAUAGCCUGCUGUAACUCAUGAAACAUAUCUUUAAAUUAGUUGUCUAAUAUUCUCCUCUUCAGAAAAUUGUUACAAUGUGUAAUACAUAGAGUUAUAAAAGUCGUUGAAAAUUAUUUUACAAAUAGAGGUCGUAAUAAAUCACCAUGCAUGAUUAUAACAGUUUCUAUGCUUUUACCUUUUCAUAAUUAAUGUAACAUGUAGUGGAAAACAAAACUGUGUGGGACUAAGGUCAUUUCACCUUGUUAUUUACUUUAUAAUAAAGGUGUAUGCGGUCCAGUCUUAGAAUAUAUUUCUACAUUGCAAUUUUAUUGUGAAAAUGUCCCUAUUGUAUCUCGGGUUGAGAAACACUGACGUGGUGUUUUAUGCCAGAAUUUGAAGUACGCACCAUGUUGCACACAUUACUGCAAUAAUGCAUUUCGAUUACCCAAUGUAACCAGAAAUAGUACGUCAUAGAGGUCAAGAAGGUGAACAAUAAAAAAUCCAUGUCAGAAACACAUUCCGUCAUGAGAUGUUUGUUUCACACAGAUAAACACAUCCAUACCAUAUGAAAGUAUCGCCAGAACAGGAUAAAUUGCUUUUACCUCUUUGUAUUGUAAAUGUUACCAUAGUUCGGUGAUGAUUUUGGAAAACAUCCACCAGCCAGCACUACAUAUUCUAUUUGUUGUAGUUUUAUACACGUAGGAAUGAGUAAUGUGAUUAACAUGCUGAACACCACAUCUAAAAUUAUAUAACUGCGUGGUCCUUCUGCACUGAGAUACUCUACUGACAGGUCACGUAACUGAUUUCCUCUCUGGUGCGUAUUACUAAGAUUGUCAAUGAUAUUUCUCUUAUAUUGUAUCAGUCGUUUUCUUCUACACUGGAAAAGGGUGUCCUAAUGAUUUGAUACACUUAAGGAGUGACCUCUGCCAAAGUUGUCACGCUUUGUAAAUAUGGCAUAAUGGAAAUGUCUUAGUUUCCUUGUCUCCAUGAAGAUCUAUUCAAAAUAACUUAUCGUCUAGUAACGUCUAUCAAUAUAAUGUAUCAUCCUAAUCAUCCAUUGUCUGGAAGUCUACUCAAGUUCACAAUUAUAAUGAAUAUCUUUGCUGUGGCCAUUAUGUGUGUAGUCGUUCUUAGUAACUAAUGUGUAUCUAGAUGUCACGCUUAUCGUAUCAGAAAUAUGUAUUAAGUGCAUGCAUGUGGUACCUUCUAACUGUACAGUUAUAGCCUUAAUUCUUCAUGUCAUUUGAACAUAACUGUAAAGGAUGUGUAGUACAAACGUACAUGAAUCCUUCUGUGUGAGUAAAGACACAUGAAAUAGAUCACUGGAAUGUUUCUCUCUAGAGUAAUAUCUCUAGCCAUGGUAAUGUUCCCUUUGCGUAGAAUGACAAAGCUUGAACGUGAAACAAGCAUGUUCAUUUUAUUGUGUUCUGGCUGUGAUUUGUAGAACAGGAAGAACUGAAAUCGCUACCAUAAAGUAGCAUAUUUUACGUUAUGUACAAUUUGGAGAAUAUUCUCAAAACAUAAGAGAGGAACAUUGACUGCUAACCAUGUAGAGCAUGUAUCUUAACUGUAAAUUCGUGUAGAGUUACUUUUGUUUAGGAAUGUCAUGUUCAUCAAAUCUUUUGAUUUUAAGAAUUUUUCUGUAAGGACAAUACGUGUUCUGUCAGAAAAAACUGGGAAUUUGAUAUGAUAUUUCAAACUGAAAAGUGAAUGUAUCACAGUCUUUAUUUUUUACUUUGCUGUAGUUCCGCAACACAGAAAGUUUAAAGCAGUAGAUGUAACGUAGAAACUAGACACCUCACAUUUUCUUUGCUUCAUCAGCUCUACACUGUGUCUAAUAAUUUUAAUGAAAACUCGGCGAUUUACGUUACAUGUUACAUGAUUAAUUGUGAAAAUCUGAAAUUUAACCACUAUGAUACAAUUCCGCACAUUACCUCUAUUAACAGAAACUGUAUUGACUCAUGUUCGUAAUAACAUUCAAAUCGCAUUAGGAGCUAAUCCAAGAUAUCUUCUAGCAUUAGCUGUUAUCCAUUGAUCCUGUGUGCUGUUAACUACAUAGUUAACCAGCCUUGAUCUCCCACAUGAGUGAAAGAUUUGAGUGAAUAUGCGACCCAUUUUACCUUCAGGGAAAGAAAGACAGUUUCCAGUCUUUUGGAUAACCAAACUUGAUCCAUACCCAGCGUAUGUCCUUUAUGAAAUGUAUAACCAAAGGAGAGCUGCUUACUACUAACCUCAACUGGCAGUAGCCAGAUACUUAUAAUAAUGUUAUUUUGGUUUGGUAUUUGAAGGUCACUCUUACGAUAAACUGUACUGUAUCUCCAAUUAAUUAUAAAGUGACUGUAUAUAUGUGUGCUUGUUCUUCGAUGUUAUUUCUUUUCCACUUGUAAUUUAUUGAGUGUACUGGCACUAACAAUUAUAAGCCAAUGUAUGUAGAUAAAUGUAUUCUAAUUAUAACAUGACUAAUGACUAUAUUUCAAACGAACCUUAACUGAAACUUUCGUAGGAAAUGUGUGUAUCAUUCUUUAAAAGAUAAUCUAUUUAUUAACUAGCCUGCUUGUGCUGUGUUGAAUCCAUAAAUCAUCACCGUAAGGAAAUAACUUCCUUUCAGGAUUGAAUCAAGACUGGCAGAAGUAAAUAUGUCAGAAGCACUGUUUUAAUUAAUCAGAAGAUGGAAUGAACAUGAUUUUACGUAUGUAUAUUUUUGAAGUUUUUAAUUCAAAUCUAGAUAACGACCUGACACAAUCCAACAUCUAGUACAUUGCGUAAUCUGUGUACUAUCCCUCUUCUGAUUUAGAAUUUUAUUGAUGAACAACAAGGCACUAAUUAAUUUUCUAGCUCCUUACUCUGUCUUCCCCUUCCCAGCACAUACCAAACACAUCUCAGUGACGUUUUCGUAUCAUUCACAUAUGGCGUUUAUGAAUGGAAAUGCUGUUAGCAGGAUUCUACUUCGAAGGUACUUGGGUGCAUGGAGAAAUAUCAAUUUAGAUUUAAUUUAAAAUAAAACCAACAUAUAAAAUAUAUUUUUUUUGAAAAUAAAUCGUGUAAUAUGCUAAAAUUAUUCUGAACUCAUUUAUAUUUCUAAUUAUAAACAGAAUUGGGAACAACAUUAAUUCCAGUUUUCCUCCAGUGUGUUUAAAAGUGUUUGCAAGAUGAUGUCUGUUGUAAAUUUCACAUUAUGUGUAACACGAAUAUUCAGAAUUCUUAGUAACGAUUAAAUAAGGACAUUUAAGAUUUGAAAGGGAUGUUAUAAAUGAGA